GAUGAAUUUUAAGUACAUAGUUGCAGUGUCCUUUUUAAUAGCAUCUACAUAUGCACGAAGUGUAAAGAAUGAUGAACAGUCUCUGAGUCAGAGGGAUGUUUUAGAAGAAGAAUCACUGAGGGAAAUCAGAGGUAUAGGAGGAACCCUCCUAAAUGUUGGUAAAGUAGCUUUAAAAGGCUUGGCUAAAGGAUUGGCUGAGCAUUUUGCGAAUGGGAAGAGAACAGCUGAAGAUCAUGAAAUGAUGAAAAGACUGGAAGCUGCAAUGCGUGAUCUAGAUCCCAUGAAAGAUCCUUUAUAUUGGAAAGUUCUUAUGUAAAAAAGAGAAACGCAUUUUGGGGCCAGCAAUAGGUUUGGAUGGUAGAGCACUUGGAAAUUUACUUAAAAAAAAAUUGAUAUUUAUAACCAGUAAAACUUUGCUUUCAUGAAUGUUUGUAAAACGAUGCUAAUCAGAUAACAUAUAAUAAAACAUAAAUAAAGCACAAAAAGCUAUUUAAACCAACUGCAUGUUCUCUACUCUGCUAUUAAAUAAAAAUCAUAUGAGCAAAA